AUUAAUAGUUGUCAUUUAUUUAAAUCAUAAGCCACAUUUAAAUGCAUUUAGUUGGACGUCUCAAUAAAAAUAAUGGAAGCAAAUAUUUCUAAUACAUGCCCCUCGGCUUUUGCUGGUACAAGUGGUCAUCUUUUUCUCAGUGCCAUAACAACAUUAUUAGCCACACACUGUUCAAUUUUCGACGACUAUCGCUGGCCAGCAGACCAGGCCCAAGAAAUUUUGAACAAAAAAGAUGUAACGUACGAUUUUAUUGUGAUUGGAGCUGGAUCUGCUGGUUCUUUGGUGGCUGGUCAAUUGUCAAAAGCCAAAAUAGGUUCUGUAUUAUUAGUAGAAGCUGGAGAUGACCCUGGAAUUGAUAGCGAGAUCCCCGCUUUUUUAUUUCUCAACCAGAAUUCAGAUCUUGAUUGGCACUACAAAACGUUAUCUAGUAAUGAUAGCUGUUUGGGUUUUGUUAACGAAAGUUGUAUAUGGAGUAAAGGGAAGGGUAUGGGAGGAUCUAGUUCAAUUAACGCCAUGAUAUAUGUAAGAGGUCAUCCAGAAGACUACGAAGCCUGGGAAGCCGCAGGAAACCCUGGUUGGGGCUACAAAGAUUUGCUAAAAUACUUCAAAGCACAGGAGAACCUCUUUAAUUUCUCAAACCAAUAUAAAGAUAAUGAAAAUCCUUGGUAUAAUGUAAUUGAAAACGCCUGGGCAGAAUUAGGUUUUAAAUCAUAUAAAUACGAAGGAGAUGAGUCUUUAAUAGGUACAAGAAAGGCUAAGUUGGUGAUAAAAAACGGUAAACGAUUGAACACAGCGAAAGUGUUUCUUAAUAAAGCUGAAAACUUAUAUAUUAUGAAAAAUACACGUGUUAAUAAAAUUAUUAUCGAUGAAGGGACAAAAAGUGCAAAGGGUAUUGAACUCAAACAUAAAAAUGGGACAAAAAUGAUUAUUAAUAGCAAAAAUGAAAUUAUCGUUUCAGCUGGAUCGGUAGCUACACCUCAAAUACUAAUGCAAUCUGGAAUAGGUCCUGAGAAACAUAUUGAAAGUUUAGGAAUAAAAAACAUUUUAAACUUGGAUGUCGGUAAAAAUCUUCAAGAUCAUAUAUUGUUCCCUAUAUUUUUAAAAACCAAAUUUAACACAGAACUGUCAAUGGAUGUUAUAAAUUUGUUGUUACUUCAGUAUAUGUUAACAAGAACCGGCCCAUUCUCAACUAUCGGCAUAACAGAUUACACAGGAUUUAUUAAUACACUAAAUUCAUCUGAUUGUCCAGAUAUUCAAUUUCAUCACAUUUAUUUUACGAAGAGAGAUGAUUUUACACUCAAACCGUAUCUUGAAGGUAUCGGUUAUAAAAGUGAAAUCAUACACGCAAUCAGAGAAUUAAAUAAUGAGCAUGAUUUAAUCGGUAUAUAUCCUACAUUACUGCAUCCUAAAUCACAAGGCCAGAUAUUGCUAUCUAAGACACAGCCAAGAAAACCAAUAAUUAAGACGAAUUAUUUUGAACACCCAGAUGAUAUGCUAAGCUUGGUUAAGGCUGUAGAUUUUGUUCACAAAUUAGAGAAAACUACUGUUUUUAAAAAUCUAGAAAUGGAAAUUUUACCAUUGAAUAUACCAGACUGUUCAACAUACGUAUUUGAUUCGGAAGACUAUUGGAAAUGUUAUAUUAGACAUAUGGCAACAACAAUUUAUCAUCCCGCAGGAAGUGCCAGGAUGGGUCCGAAGGAAGAUAAAAGUUGUGUUGUCGACCACAAUUUGCUUGUUCAUGGUAUGAAAAAUUUGAGAGUGAUUGAUGCAAGCAUAAUGCCCACACUACCAGCCGGCAAUACAAUGGCACCGACUUUAGUGGUAGCCCAAAAGGGCGUGGAUAUUAUUUUAAACGACUAUAAAAAUAGAGAUGAAUUAUAAGUAAUAUAAUUCCGAAAAAUUUCAUAUAUAACAUGAAACUUACUACUUUUUUUAACUGACAGCAAAAUUAGCGCGACACAAUAACGCGUUCAUUUAAGUAAAUUUUCAAAUUGACAUUCAAACUUUGUUUAUGCAGGCGUAAAAUAUGGGAGCCGUCGACACAUAGUAUUUUAAGAGAAAAAGUUGAUAUAUUAUUUUAGUACUUAGUACUAUUAUCAUAUGUGUAUAUAACGAGAAUGCGAACGCUAAAGUAAAAGGUUAUUAUUUGAUUUUAUUAUUAUAUAAUUAAUAUUAAAGAUGUAUUCAAGUAUAAAGAUUUAUGUAUACCAGUUGUAUUAAUAAAUAUUUAUGGUAUCAGAAUGUCUUUGGUAGCUUACGGCACAAGUGACCUUGCAAAUGUUUCGUUAGACGAUACAGUGUUGAAAUUUCUUCGCUUUCACAUAGGUCCGAGACGAUAUUAAGAAACUUUUUCGUAGUGAUUGACAUCCUUUUGUACAGUUGCAUAUUGCAACAUAUUUUUUACAAUUACUAUGUAUAAUGUGUUUGGUACACUGACAAAUUUUCUAUAAUUCGCUUACCUAGAAGAUCUA